AUGUGCGGGAGCAGUGCUGUGGGCAGAGACCAGAUCGAACUGCCCGAAACGCUGCUUUCCAUGGCCUCGCAAGCCAAGGACAAGAAAGCGAUAAGUGUCGGUGUGGCCUAUGUCGGCUACAAGUCCCCCGACGAACUGGAGAUGUUCACCGAGGAGUGGCAGAAGAAAUACUACCGGAUGCUGCGGCUCGGCGAGAGAGCCACGCGCAUCCCCAAGCCCCGCCAGGUCGUCGUCCAUGGCGAAGUUUACAACGUCUGGAGCCUUUUAGAGGGGCGUCUUCGCGUCAUGCGAGUUGGCGAGACGAGGAGGAACGGCGAGAAAGUCGGUGUGGGCUGGAUGAGGUACUGCGCCCAGCUGCUGUGGCACGGCGAGCCCUACGUCUACCAGAGCUGCAGACCAUAUUUGCGCUUCGCGCCAAUGUGGGAUGAGUGGCUGCGGAACGACCUGGCCGUCGCUCUUCGCAGAUCGCAGCUGAAGCCCGUCAUCAGCUGGAUGUCGCGGACACACGAAGAUGAGAGAUGGCAAUGGAUCAGCGAACUCGUCGACGUGGAAGGGAACUGCAACGUCCCUCCUGGUGCACUUGCUGCAGCAGCCUUCGACAAGAACUUUGGCUGGAUCAGGUGGCGCAGGCGGUUCUUCAACCACAGCUUCGGCAUUCCAGCCCCAGUUGCCUACUUCACGCCGCACAACUCCUUCUCCACCUGUGACAUUCUGACAGAGGUGCCCGCGGACCCGUGCAUGAACUCCUUGCACUUCCAUGGGCAGCUCACCUGUGAGAAUGUCCGAUUGCAUUCACAUGGGUGGGAUGUCUUCACCCCCUGUGCCAACCUCACUUGGGAGACGACCCACGACUCCCGCCAG